AUGCUUGCAUCGGGUUCUUCGCCCAGACCUAAACGCUCCUUGGAGCGCGAUGAAGAAGGCCGCUUACGCUUCCAGGGCUGCUCCUCCAUUCGAGAAUUUGACUUCUUAGGGAAACUUGGUGAAGGAACCUUUGGUGAGGUUUAUAAAGCUAGGUCCAAACGAGCCGGCUCGUUAGUCGCCUUAAAGAAAAUAUUAAUGCACAAUGAAAAAGACGGGUUCCCAAUCACGGCCUUACGAGAGAUCAAACUUCUCAAGAUACUAUCGCAUCCGAAUAUCCUACAGCUUCAGGAAAUGGCGGUGGAGCGGAGCCGAGGCGAAGGACGAAAGAAACCAUCAAUGUACAUGGUAACGCCUUAUAUGGAGCAUGACUUGUCUGGAUUACUAGAGAAUCCAGAUGUUCACUUUUCAGAGCCUCAAAUAAAGUGUUAUAUGAUACAGCUUUUGAAAGGCCUCCAGUAUCUGCAUGAGAAUCGAAUAUUACAUCGGGAUAUGAAAGCCGCAAAUUUAUUGAUUAAUAAUGCCGGUGUGCUUCAGAUAGCGGAUUUUGGUCUUGCCAGACCCUACGACGAAGCACCACCAGUUGCUGGCAAAGGAGGCGGAGAAGCAAAGAGAGAGUACACGACACUGGUUGUCACUCGAUGGUAUCGGCCGCCUGAACUCCUUCUCCAGUUACGCCGCUACACCACCGCGAUUGAUCUGUGGGGUGCUGGGUGUGUUUUUGGUGAGAUGUUUAAGGGGAAACCUAUUCUCGCCGGAAGCAGUGACCUUAAUCAAGCACAGCUUAUAUUCAACCUUGUGGGCUCCCCCACUGAGGAAAACAUGCCAGGAUGGAGCUCUCUACCAGGAGCAGAACCAAUACGGUCCUUUGGUUUCAAACGCCCAACUCUUGCUACCGUUUUCCAAGAACAAGGCCCUGUUGCAAUAUCUCUUUUAACAGAGCUCCUGAGACUCGAUUGGCGCAAGAGAAUAAAUGCUAUCGACGCGCUCAAACACCCAUAUUUCACUACCCCACCUCUACCUGCUAAGCCGGGCGACCUGCCAUCCUUUGAAGAUUCCCAUGAACUUGACAGAAGAAAGUUCCGUGGCCAGAAGGCUGCUUUACCUCCUGCACCCGCUGGCGGGUCAGUUGGGAUGGGAGCACAUGGUGAAUGGACCUCAGGGUCUUCUCGAGGAGCCCCUACGACGGAUCCAAAGAAAAGCCGAGUUCCACAAGCAGCACGCUCUGGUUACGGAAAUAAUAUGCACCCAUCAUCCCGACCCCCUUACGACAGUCGCAUGCCUGACCCAGUCCACGGCCACAAGCGAAAAGCUUCUGGAGAGCCUCACAGUCACCUCCCGGGGUGGCAACGGGAUGCAAACUUACCACCCAAACCACCUGCCCCUGCUAAUCCUCAAUGGCAAACUGGUUCCCGUCGGGGUGGAGGACCGGGCCAAGAUAAUAGACGUGAUAGGCCUCCGCUACCCCGAGGAGGUGGAGGUAUAAGUGAAGGCGGGCGAGAUUCAUAUGUGCCCAAUUAUGUUGGCGGCGGUAAUGACCGAUAUCGAUUGGGGGGUGACGGGUCCAUGCCUCCACGACGAGACAAUAUAGAUCCAGCAUCUAGAGAUCGAUACUGGCGACCAAGCCGAAGCCGAAGCCCAGAAAUGAGAGACCGCAGUCGAUCGGGGGAUCCCAGUUCUUUGCCGCAUCAUUUAUAUAGACGCUAG